GUAUCCGCUACAGCACCGAUGUGUCGGUCGAUGAGGUGAAAGCCCUGGCCUCGCUGAUGACAUACAAAUGUGCUGUUGUGGAUGUGCCAUUUGGAGGAGCCAAAGCUGGAGUGAAGAUCAACGUAAAGAAUUACACUGACAAUGAACUGGAGAAAAUCACCAGAAGAUUCACCAUUGAGCUGGCCAAAAAGGGUUUUAUUGGACCUGGCAUUGAUGUCCCUGCCCCUGAUAUGAGCACUGGAGAGAGGGAAAUGUCCUGGAUUGCUGACACCUAUGCCAACACCAUGGGCCACCAUGACAUCAACGCUCAUGCCUGUGUGACUGGUAAGCCCAUCAGCCAGGGUGGCAUCCACGGCAGGAUCUCGGCCACCGGGCGAGGAGUAUUCCACGGCAUCGAGAACUUCAUCAACGAGGCGGCCUACAUGAGCCAGUUGGGGCUGAGCCCUGGCUUCACCGACAAGACCUUUGUCAUCCAGGGUUUCGGUAACGUUGGCAUGCACUCCAUGCGUUACCUACACCGUUUCGGGGCCAAGUGUGUUGGUGUUGGAGAGAUGGAUGGAAACAUCUGGAAUCCCAAUGGCAUCGACCCCAAGGAGCUGGAGGACUACAAGCUGCAACACGGCACCAUUGUGGGCUUCCCCAACUCCACACCAUACGAAGGCAGCAUCCUGGAGGCCGACUGUGACAUCCUGAUCCCCGCCGCCAGCGAGAAGCAACUGACCAGGAAUAACGCCCACAAAAUCAAGGCCAAGAUCAUUGCUGAAGGAGCCAAUGGCCCCACCACCCCUGACGCUGAUAAGAUCUUCCUGGAGAGGAAUAUCAUGGUGAUUCCGGACAUGUACCUGAACGCUGGUGGAGUGACUGUCUCCUACUUUGAGUGGCUGAAGAACCUGAACCAUGUCAGCUACGGUAGACUGACCUUCAAGUACGAGAGGGACUCCAACUACCACCUGCUCAUGUCCGUCCAGGAGAGUCUGGAGAGGAAGUUUGGGAAGCAUGGGGGAGCAAUCCCAGUGGUCCCUACCUCUGAGUUCCAGGCCAGGAUCGCUGGCGCUUCGGAGAARGACAUUGUGCACUCAGGACUGGCCUACACCAUGGAGAGGUCUGCCAGGCAAAUYAUGCGCACAGCUAACAAGUACAACCUGGGCCUCGACCUGAGGACGGCAGCGUACGUCAACGCCAUCGAGAAGGUCUUCAAGGUGUACAACGAGGCUGGUCUUACCUUCACAUAGGUGGCACCUCCACAGCCUCUGUCCAUCCGAGCAGACCCAGGGCCCCGCCUCUCCCAGCCUCCAAGCAACCUUCAUAAAAUCUUUCUAUGACGUUCACGACAUAUCAGGCGUUUACAUUUUACACACGACCGUUAGCUUUACUCUUUGCAUAUGUAUUUCAAGCAAAUCAAUACACAUUAUUUUGCAUUCUCAUAUUAUCAAGAGACCACAUGUUCUAGCUUGCUUUAAAUCCGCUGUUAUGAAACUACUGUGCCUAUGGUAAUUUUUUGCCUGUAGUCAUUCCAUCGAUUUGAAUUGCUGUUACUAUAUUAUUAUGCCAGGUAACACCAAAAACUCUGGUCUACAGCUUUUACGGGCAGUUCUUUUAUGAAUUAGCGCUGCGCUUUUUCAGUGUCUGUUACGGACAUACUGUUACUUCACUGACAGAGUUGAAGAAGUUGGUUAACAUAACAGAAUGUAGAGCAGAGACACGUAAAGCCUUCAUUUCUCCUGUGUUGAAAUGGAGAAGGUUAAUCAUUUUUACCUGCACCAGAAUGUUCUUUCUAUUUAAGGUCACCCAAUAGGAGUUCAGUCCACUUACAGUAUAAAGCAGUGUGUCUACACUUCAGGAUGAUGUCAUAAAAUGUGUUAGUAAGCAGAUGUAUUAUGUUACUCUGUUGACAUGACACUAAAAUGAUCAAUUCCAGAAGRUUGUUCUUUGUUGUUACUGGUGUUUGCUUUGGCAGCCACAGUUUGAGUGUCUUUCUCCGUAUUUUUGCCUUUGUUUAAAUCUUUGUCUCGCCUCAGAAUUUGACCAAGAUCGGUGUGGUUUUUGUGCUGAAUCCGUAGGGCUACUGGAAGGGGAGAAUAUGUGGGAACAAAAUGUUUAUUGUUCUUUAUAUCAGCCUUGAUUGACUGCUUCAGGAUUCUAUGUAAGAUCAUUUGUAUAGCCUUUUCAUUGAACAAUUAAACUACAAAACGAUUGA